UAGUGAAAAUUUAUUAAAGUUUUGGAUUUUUUACUUUAAUUACAAUCACAAGUAUUUAAUUUUUCUUGUCAUUGUGGGGAAAAUUGGCCAGUAGAUAAGUCUAUGGAAAAUAUUGAAAUACGAUGAACUUUGAAAAAGCCUGUGGACAAUUUAAAGAACCAAGACAUGAAUAAGUUAUCAAAUAAAUGGUCACUGUGAUAUUUUCUAUGAUAUAAAUUUCUGAUCGUUUUGUCAACAUGUUGAUGCCUUGAUACGUCAAAAAACAGCUUCAAAACAAAAAAAAUAAUUCAAGAGAAAAAAAAUAACGAGCUCAAUGAAAAGACAGGGGAGAAUGACGUUUUUAUUUAUCCGCACCAACCCUCUAUGACAAUUUAUAUUUUGUUGAUAACCAUCGUAUCGGCUAUCGUGGUAGCGGUUUCUAUACGACUGGUUUACAAAGACAGUUAUUUGAAAGCUUUUAUUGAUAACCUAACAACUUUUGUUGUUUGUUUUCUCAUACUGACAUUAGGAUCAAUAAUACUUAGGACGAUAAGUUUCUUUGCAGAAUUAGAGUACUUAAAAAAUCAUUAUGACAAUCAAGUACACAAAAUUUUUACUUCUACAUUUGAAUUUAAUGUAAUAUCAAUAGUAUUUAUUGUAAUUUGCAGCAUUUAUAUGAUUAUGUUUGCUCUAAGAAAAGGUGAUAUAUUGAGUUACACCCGUGCCUUUGAUUCUACAUCAAAUAUUUUAAUUUUUUUACUAUCAAUUAUUGCUAGCCAAAGUAUUGGCCUGUUUCGUUAUAAAUCUAACUCUACUUACACAUUCAAUACUCUGGAUGGUGUCGAUUAUGGAACAGGAAUGGCAUACAGUUAUUACUAUGGCUAUUUAAAAAUAAUUCUCCCUUCAGAUGGUGUAAAUAAUCCAGGACUUCGUGCUAAGAUGGAAGAUUAUGAACAUAAUCAAAGUACAUCGGAAGUUAAGAUAACGAUACCUGUAAAAAAACUUUUUAUUUUAAUACCUGAGUCAGGACACAUUCCUCCAGAUCUUAGAGACGCGUCUAAUAAUUGGUUGGAGAGCACGACUAAUCUUGAAAAUGAAAUCCGGGAUCGGGCCGGAACUAAAAGACGUACAUAUCGCAAUACUGUAUAUAAAAUUCACCCUGGAGGUGAAGGACAAAAACGUAGACCUGUUUAUAUUGUUGUUGAAGGUGCGACACCAAUGUUGACGUUUUAUGAGAUACUGCAACACUCUCAUAAACAUUCUGAUACGUAUAAAAAAAAUCGGGUUCAAAUAAUUGCCGCCUUUUAUAAAACCCUUCAAAAUAUUUUAAAUGACAAUGCGGAAUGUCGUGAUACCUGUGAGUUAGUUUAUUAUAAAGAUUAUGAUAAAAAUGGCACGAGAGUUAAUAUUGGAGAAAUUUUACUCGAUAGAAUUCGAAAAGAUGCUCCACAUUGUUGUUAAAUAAAUACAAUUAAGUAUUAAAUCAGGGUAAUUUUAAAUUGUAAGUGUGAUAUAAAGUAAAAGAAAUAUUUUUUUAGGUACUCAGUGGUCCAAAGAAGAGUCUGAAUAUUUUUUUAAGGUUUAAUGAGUACAAAAAAAACAUUUGAUUGAGUAUUACUAUUUUUAUAUAUCACUACAAUUAUUUUAUCGUUGUUAUUUUUUUUUUACUUAUCAUUAGAGUAAAAUAAAUUGACACAAGAGUGAGCGAAA